GGUUCAGAAUGCUUGGCAAGUGCAUCAAAAAGGCGUCGUCUACCGUCGGACAAUCCAUCAGAUACAGCUCCGGAGACGUUCGCCGUGUCACUUUAAUUCCAGGAGACGGAAUUGGGCCGGAAAUUUCAGCUUCUGUACAGAAGAUUUUUGAGGCCGCCGAUGCCCCGAUUGCUUGGGACCCAGUUGAUGUGACUCCAGUUAAGGGACGCGAUGGAGUCUUCCGUAUUCCAAGUCGUUGCAUCGAGCUUAUGCACGCGAACAAAGUUGGACUUAAAGGACCACUCGAGACCCCAAUUGGAAAAGGACACAGAUCUUUGAAUUUGGCUGUGAGAAAAGAGUUUAGCCUUUACGCCAACGUUCGUCCAUGCCGUUCCCUUGAAGGACACAAGACAUUGUACGACAAUGUCGAUGUUGUCACAAUUCGUGAGAACACAGAGGGAGAGUACUCUGGAAUUGAGCACGAGAUUGUCCCGGGAGUUGUUCAAUCUAUCAAGCUUAUUACUGAAACUGCUUCUCGCAAUGUCGCCAGCUUCGCCUUCGAGUAUGCUCGUCAAAAUGGGCGCAAAGUUGUGACUGCUGUCCACAAAGCCAACAUUAUGAGACAAUCCGACGGUUUGUUUUUGUCCAUCUGCCGCGAGCAAGCUGCCCUCUACCCAGAUAUCAAGUUCAAGGAAGCCUACCUCGACACAGUUUGCUUGAACAUGGUCCAGGAUCCAUCACAAUACGAUGUUCUUGUCAUGCCAAACUUGUAUGGAGACAUUCUUUCCGAUUUGUGCGCUGGUCUUGUUGGAGGACUCGGAGUCACCCCAUCUGGAAAUAUUGGAAAAGGAGCCGCCGUAUUUGAAUCCGUUCACGGAACCGCCCCAGAUAUUGCUGGACAAGACAAAGCAAACCCAACUGCUCUUCUUCUAUCUGCCGUCAUGAUGCUCCGUUACAUGAACCUUCCACAACACGCUGCUCGUAUCGAAAAGGCUGUAUUUGAUGCAAUUGCUGAUGGACGUGCCAAAACUGGAGAUCUCGGAGGUACUGGAACUUGCUCUUCAUUCACCGCUGAUGUUUGUGCCCGUGUUAAAGACCUCGAAUAAAUGCUCAAUGCUACUUCCCCUUCUAUUUUCUUUUUCUUAUUGUAAACAGGCUGUUAGACACUAAAACACUUUGAUGAUUAGUAAUGAUUUAAUGACACCUUUUUUCGGUUUUCAAUUUUGUAUAGAUUACCCACCAGUCCAUCCCGCGUCCUUAAUCGCUUUACUCCUAUCCCAUUGGCAUGAACCACAAAAUCGUUCGAUAAGUCUUCUCUGAUUCACUCGCAUAACUAUAAGCACCCCGAGACUUUUGUUUUUUCUUCUUCUACACCAUCUUUCGAUUCCCAUUAUUUCUGUUCAUUUCUGGAAAUUUUUAUAUGGUUUUUUCUUUUCGAGAUUUUAUAGACAAAGAAACUAAAAAAAUUUAUUAAAGCAAUCGUUUCU